GACGAUUUUCAGGUUAUGGUAGAUCUAAUGGCCAGUCCAAGUGAUUAUCAAGAACCCCGAGAUUUUGAAGACGGUGAACUACCAGAAGAUGGUGAAAUCUGUGAUGAUGAUGAAGAGCCAAAAGCUGCUGCUGCUGUGAAUAAUCCUAGCCCUAGUCCGAGUGCUAACGUUGUCAAUCAACCCUCAGCCGGUGCAUCGCCAAAUCAGUCCAAGAUUCGAACAGCAAAAGAGAUGAUAGGGGCUUCGGAGGAGAAUGCGAAGCCCUCGCAAAGCAUGUGGGCGAGCAAGGUUGCGGCCGCCGAAGAAAAAGUUGGCGACGUUUUUGGAUACGGUGCUGAGGACAAGGACUAUCGAUUUGAAGAGGAAGGCAGUGGAGAUUUUGAUUACCGACAAGGAAGUCAUGUUGGUAGAAGGCGUCGCCAUUCUCCUCAACAUGAUGAAGACUGGGAUAUGCGUGGUCCAAAACGUCCUUAUGGCGGUCGCGGAUUCCGUGGCUUCCGACCAAAACCGCAGACGGCGACAACUGUGCCUAUUCCCACCAAGCUGAAGACUCUCUACGCCGUCCCGAACUCUGCAAAUUCUACCAGCAAGGAAGACGAAAUGUAUGCUAAUCGAAGCAUGGGCGGACCGGUCCCAAUGAAGAGGCGUGUCUUACUGCCACAAGGACCAAGUGGGGCACAACCGCCACUCCCACCCACUACUGCUGCUCCGGUGAUUCAUGCUGCUGUUCCACAGCAGCCAUCCAACGGUGGUCCUCUUGCACCGCCUUCUGUGGUCGUACCCUCCUUGACGCCUACACCACCUCCAUUCCCGGCUAUGCCUCCUAGGUUACCUUACUAUGCUGCUCCUACACAUGCUGCUUCACCCAGAUUCGAAGAAGCUGCUGCAGUUCCGGGCGUCAUUCCGACGUCUCAGCCUACGACCACUGCUCCACCUACGCAGUUCAACAUUAGCCAGAUGCUUGCUCAAAUUGCUGGUGACUCAAUCGCUGAUGAUGAAAGUCCCGCAAGUCCGCCCAUGGGAAAUGGAUCCACCGAUAGUGCUGUUGUGCGACAAAUUCCGGAAGGAAAUGUAGUAGCUUGGAGGCUGAUCGCUGUUGAUGCGCCUCCGACAUACUCUGGAGUCACUCCAGACCUUAAUUUGACGAGCCAAGAUCCUAGAAUGAACCGUGUAAUGCAGUCACAAUUCGAUGCAGUCUCUUCCUUGAUCGCCGGCACCCCCUCAGCUGAUUCAUCAGUGAGUAGGACAGAUUUAUUUAGACCUGAAGAAAGGAGGCCCAGUGAUGACAGACCGCGCGCCUCGUCGUGGAUGCCACAAAUGGCUUAA